AUUAAUUGUCACUGUAGCGACACCAAACCACCAAAUCACAAGUUGAGGCACUCAGCGCAGCACUCAACUCCGUCUCAACGAUAAACGAGAGAAUAGAAUCAUUCGGGCUCAAUUGAGUUUUCCUCCAAAAUGCCGAGCGCAUCUUCACCAGUCACAUUUCCCGCCAGCCCAUCACCGCCCGCAGCGAAACGCCCAAGGCCCCCGGCGGCUGAGCCUUCGAAAUCAAAGCCAAAGGUCAACAGCGGCUUCCUUCUCGACGACGAUUCCGAUUCCGACGACGAAAGUGAGCAGCAGCCUCCGUUGAAGAAGCAAAUUCUCGAUUUUAGCGCCCGCUUGCAGCGUCCAGCACCCAUCACCGCCCGCCUAGACGAUGAUGUCCCCCUGCCGACAGCACAAGCACCUGAAAAGUCGGUUGAUCGUGUUGAAGUUGCGCCUACACGAAAUGCCCCUCCCACUAUCCGACCUCAGAGCCUUGCAUCAUCACUGCUCCAGGACACGCCAUCGAUCUUCAAAUCCUCGAGGACCUUCAAACUCACGACCUGUACUGGAGCAACUACCACCAUCAAGCAACGAAAGCCGGCAACUAACGCAUCGUACGAAAGCCUUAUUGCGGCCCGGUCAAAGACAAAGGAGGGAAAGGCCAAGCGCGCAUACUAUGGUAUAGCUAUCAACGAGCUCAUCGACAAGGCGAAGAGCGAGGCCUCAGAACCACGAACAAAAAGAAAGGAAAAUGAUAUCCCUGUGCGGUCAGUCGAGCCGACACACCCUGGCAAACCUCACAAGAAGACGCUUCUAUGGACCGAAAAGUACAGAGCAAAGAACUUCCUAGAUCUUUGCGGUGACGAUGGUACGAACCGUAUGGUCCUGCGCUGGCUGAAGCGCUGGGACCCCAUCGUGUUUCCCGGCAUUGCGAAGAAGGCCCCGAUCGUGCGAAGGCCAGGCGCGAAGCAGGUUCAAGAGGAGGAGAAGCCGCACAAGAAGAUCCUCAUGCUGACAGGGCCACCGGGUCUCGGAAAGACGACUCUGGCUCACGUCUGUGCGAGACAAGCGGGCUACGAGGUAAUGGAGAUCAACGCCAGCGACGACCGCAGCCGAGACGUCGUCAAGAACCGGAUACGAACGUCCCUGGGAACUGAGAGUGUCAAGACUGUCGAGAACGUCAAGUCCAAGGACGGAGAGGUGCAGCAAAAGGUCGCCAAACCAGCUUGUGUCAUUGUUGAUGAGGUCGACGGUGUUGUAGGCGGCUCUGGCGCUUCAGGGGAGGGUGGUUUCGUCAAGGCUCUGAUUGAUCUCGUGCUCAUCGAUCAAAAGAACAGUGCUGGUGGAGCCAAUGCCUCGUACUCGAAGAAGAAGAAAAAGGGGGACGAUUUCCGCCUACUGCGCCCCCUAAUCCUCAUCUGCAAUGAUGUCUACCACCCCUCUCUCAGACCUCUGCGGCAGUCAGGCAUGGCGGAGAUCAUCCACGUCGGUAAACCAGGCAUUGAUGCUGUUGUCACGCGCCUCAAGACUGUGUUCGAUAAGGAGGGCAUCCCCUGUGAAAAGGACGCGGCGCGCAAGGUUUGCGAGGCCGCCUGGGGCAUGACCAGCGGCAUCGAUGCAAAGCGUGGCGCGGAGAGUGGAGCUGAAGGCGAUCUUCGAGGAGUCAUGGUCGUUGGCGAAUGGGUAGCCGGUCGCUUCAGAGCUGCCGCCGGCUUCAAUGAGCGCUUGACAAGGCAAUGGCUGGACCAAAACGUCAUGCACGACCUUACCGAAGGUGCUGGAGGAGCUAGAGGGCUCGGGAGAGGGAGUGCAAAGGACAUUGUGUCGCGCGUCUUUCAGGAGGGCGGCGGGUUCCCGAAACAAGCACUGGACACGUCUCAAAACUUCACAAAUCAACACGAACAGCCCAAGGCUCAGCUGGGCUUCGCAGAAUACCACAAGAAGAACGCCAUGGAGCGGUUACGGCACAUGAUUGACACCAGCGGAGAGGUUGAGCGUGUCAUGACCGACGUGUUCCUAGAGUACCCAAAUCGAGAAUUCAACGACGACUCGUUCCUCUCGAAGCCAGACGCCGCAUACGACUGGAUGAACUUUCUCGACACUUGCUCUUCACGCACAUUUGGAAGUCAGGAGUGGGAGUUGGCUCCGUACCUGAGCCAGCCGAUCCUGGCCUGCCACAGCUUGUUCGCCUCGUCCAAGCGACACCAAGUCAACAAAGGCUACGACAAAAAAUGGGGUGCCACGGAGGAGGACGGCGAACCACCGGUACCGUUCUCGGGCCCCAGAGCCGACUAUGCUGCUUUUGAAGCGCAGAAGCAGAACAAGGCCAUGCUCCAGGCCAUUCAGGCGCAGCUUACGCCCACGCUGGGGCGGUCGUUCCGAAGUGCUGAGGACAUAUCAACGGAGUUUAUGCCGUACUUGGUCCGGAUGGUGUCACCGGACGUCAAGCCGGUAGUCAUUGGCGGCAGCGGUAUCAGUACAGCCAGCGUACGGAAAGAGACGGAGAAGAUCAUGGUAAAGCGGGCGGCGGAGAUCAUGGCGGAGGUUGGGAUCGAGAUGCAGAAGGGCAAGAUUGAGACCGAUUCGCUGGUGAAUAGGGGCCCGCAAUGGGUGUACCGCAUGGAACCUGACCUCGAUGCCCUUGCGGUAUACGAGACAGCAGGGAACCUGGUACUCUCCAGCCAAGCACCAACCCGAUACGCCGUCCGCCAAGUCCUGGACCAAGAACUGCAAAAGACCAUCAUCCUACGCGAAGCCGCGGCACGCCAGGCGCGCUUCAAGAUCGGCGGUCCGCUGGGUGGGGUAGAGGAUACCCUUACGCAGCAGCAACAACAGGCGGAUAAGGAGAACAUCAUCAGGGAGCAGGAGAGGAUCCUCGCGUCGAGCGUGAAGAAGGACUUUUUCGGGCGUGUGAUUCCUGCGCGACCGCUGGGCGAGGUGGAUGGCAACGCCAAGAGGACGAAGGGGCAUGAACACGAGGGUGGGAAGAGCGAUAAUAAGGUCUGGGUCACGUACCAUGAGGGAUUGAAUAAUGCUGUUAGGAAGCCGAUUUCGUUGCUGGAGUUUAUGAAGGGGUUAUAGGCGGCGGCGGCGGCGUUGUCUUUAUGGAGUAGAUUUGGGAUUGGAGAUAAUUAAGUCCGAUGCCUUUGGCUGUUUACGUGUCGUGUUGAAGGUCUAUCCCGUGGAUGUCUUGUCUUGUAGUCAUAUUUACGACGCCCGGCAUCUUUCAUACGUCUAGUUGAGAGUAGAAAUACGAAAGCCCUUGGUGAUGAGCUUCAUCACUUCUUCA